AUGCUGUCAGAUAACAUUAAACAAAAGAGCGAAAAGAAACUCAUUGCUGACUUCGACGCUGUUUCAUUAUAUCCAUCAGCUAUAGCAAGACUUUAUACUUUAGAAGGAAUUCCAAAGGUUAUGAAGGAUGAGAUGUUAAGUUCUGAAUAUUUGUUAAAGCAUUUAUUCGAUGACGACCAAAAGGAACCCAUUGGUGAAAAGUUUAUGUCUGGCUUCUUUGUUCUCAUUAAGAUAACAGAGAUUGGAAUACAUAGACACUUUCCUUUAAUAGUUUGUGACCCUGAACUAAAUCCAGAACUUAACGUUCCCAGAAGUUCAAACACUUGCUGUUUAAUGUAUGUUGACCAUAUAACAUUACAAGACCUCAUAAAAUAUCAAGGUGUCAAAUGUGAAGUGUUGCAAGGAUACUAUUACGAUGGAAACAGAGAUAUUAGAAUAAGAGAUGAAGUAAAGAAGUUGUUUGAGUUAAGGUUAAAGUAUAAGAAAGAAGGAAAUCCUUUGCAAGAAAAUAUAAAGCUCAUUCUGAACAGUAUUUAUGGCAAAACUAUUCUAUCUCCUAUUGAGUCAAAAAUAACCAUAGUAGAUGACAAAGAUGCUAUAAGAUAUGCCAUCAGAAACUACAACCAUAUAGUGAAGUUCGAAGGUUUGGAUGGUUCAGAUAAAACUAUUUUCAAGCUAACGAAAAGCAUUUGCAGACACUUUAACUUCUGUCCACUUGGUGUUAACAUUCUGUCUAUGUCGAAGAGAAUAAUGUGUGAAGUAUUCUGUACUGCUGAGGACUUAGGAAUGGACAUCUUUUAUAGCGAUACGGACAGUAUGCAUCUCUACAAUGAAGAUAUCCCUCGUUUAGCUGAAGAGUUUGAGAAACGUUAUGGAAGAGUUCUCAUUGGUAAAAACCUUGGUCAAUUUCAUAGCGACUUUGCAGAAAUCACAAAAGAUAAACAAAGUUUAGCAUACAAGUCAAUAUUUUGUGGAAAGAAGACUUACAUAGACUUACUCACGAAUGAUUUAAAUGAAGUUGCAUUUCACUGCAGAAUGAAAGGCGUGAAGCAAGAU